AUGGUGCCAUCACCGCUCUCGAACGGUUACCAAAAGGUGCCAUUGCACGAGGAGUAUUUUGUGCCAAGUGACGAGGCCACACCGCCUUGCAAGACAAAGAGAGACAUCAGCUUGGCUCAUGGCAUCAGCGAGGAGCUGUUGCGCAUUGACAGCCCCGAUGAAGUUGAAGUCAUGUCGCCAUCUGAUAGAGAGUCAAUUUUCUGCUUUGUGGAGUCCUGGUGGUUCCAUCUGCUUGCGGCUUCGGUCAUAUGUUGCAAUACGGUGAGCAUUGUCCUGGAAGCAGACUCGGAGGACUUGGUCAAGAAGCUGUACUGGCUGGACCAGGCAACUCUGCUUUUCUACGUCUUGGAGCUUCUCUGCCGAGUAGGUUUGUGGAAAUGCCGGCUUCUUUGUGGUCCUCGGCACCUGCUGCUGUGGAGCCUCCUAGAUCUCAUCGUGGUUGGAGCCGGUGUGCUGGACCAGUGGCUGUCACCCAUUCUGCCAGUCGACACGGCUUCAUGGUCCAAUGUCCUGGGCAUCAUCCGACUGCUGCGACUAACUCGCGUAUUUAAGGUGGUUGGGUUUGUGCUAGAGUGGGAUCUGUCCUGGACCGAUCAACCUACCUUCCAGUCCUUCAUCGGCGGCGUGAUAGCAUUCAAUGCCCUGCUGAUGGGCUUCGAGACUGACUACGAGUGGGGCGGUUGGGCGGUAAUUGAGAACUUCCUCCUUUGUAUUUACGUCUUUGAGCUCGUUGUGCGAAUGAAGCGGCUGGGUUGUGAUUUCUUUUCCUGCGAGAGCCCAGACCUUAUAUGGAAUUUGCUGGACUUGGCGAUCGUGGUCAGUUCAGCAGGCGAUUCGUGGCUUGUGCCACUGGUCAAUGUCGCAAGGAAAUCGUUCCAAGGAGAUCAAAGCGAACGGCAGAGCAGCAAACGUGCACACGGCGUCAACGUCGGCCAGCUGAUGAUGCUGAUGCGUCUGCUGCGCUUGCUUCGAAUUCUGCGAUUGGCAAAGUUAGUGAAGUCUGUGCGGCCGCUGUACAUUUUGGUGGUCAGUGUCACAGCCGCAGUGCAAGGGGUCGUGUGGGUGUUGGUCCUCACGGUGGUCACACUGUAUGCCAUGGGUAUACUGACGACGAGACUCAUCGGUCACAAGAUGAUCUUUCCUGCAGACGACGAGGAUGAUGAGUCAUUGAAAGAGUUGACGACGCCCUUCCGUACUGUCCCAGACAGCAUGUUCACCCUGUUUCGAGUGAUGAGUGGUGCGCAAUCUGAUUCGGAGUCUGCUGCCCUGGACCACAUCAUGGAAAGCAUUCCGACCUUCAAGUUUGCCUUUGUCUUCUUCAUGGUGACCAGCUCAUGGACACUGCUCUCCAUAUUGACCGCAGUUGUCAGCGAGAACAUGAUCUCCACGACCUCCAGUCAAGAGAAGGAGAUCCAGCUCAUGUCAGAAGAAGAAGAUCGGAAACGCCACAUUCAGGACUUGAAGGAGCUCUUCAAGGAAAUUAAUACCAGAGGAGAUGGAAUUGUCCGCGAGAAGGACUUGAUGCACUUCCUGUCCAUUCCUGACAAUGCUUACGAGACAGCCAAAAUGUGUCGUGUUCCAGUUCGGCAUGUGCAGGAGGUCAUGAAGACGCUAUCAAUCAAUCAGGAAGUUAUUCACAUGGAGGAAUUCGUUGAGUGUUUGCUCGACGUUGGAAAUCCUGUAACGGAAAAGUCAACUAUGAGGUUGGAAGCCCUUCAUCUCGAAACCAGAACUCAAAGCCAGAGGCAAUGGCAAGCUGUGGAAGAGGUGUGCCAGUCGCUGAUGAACAACAAGGAUCGCCACGCUGACAGUGGCGGAGAUCAGAUCAGCAAGCUGAUGCAGAGUUCCGUGCAUCAUGGCGAAGCUAUCGCACGCCUCCAGCAUUCAGUGGAGGACCUGCAUAGAAAAAUGGAUAACUUCACCGAUCUGGUUGGAAAAUCCGCUGGCAGGGAUUUAGGCUUGAGACGCAUUCACUGA